ACCCCCCAAACGCUCUCCUUUCUCUACUUCCCCGCUUUUCUUCUUCCUCCGGCCCUGGUUGCUGCUGCUUCUGAGAGAUCACUCAUGGCGUCUUCCGCUCUCGCUCCUCCUACUCCUCCUCGCUCAGGGAGUUGUGGUGAAGAUCAGAGCAUGCUGUGUACUGCCGCUUUUGGGACUUCCUGUGGAGCGGGUUUUGAUGUCCCAACUACCCAUUUAGAAACGCAAUACAAGAAAAGAAGAAUAUCGAUUGACAGGGGCUUGAGAGAGGCAGAAGCUUCGCUGCCCAUUUUAACCGCAUCAGACUAUUACAUUGAGCCUUGCUUGGCUGAUUUGGCCGCCAGGGAAGUUGCAGAUCCUGGUUAUUGCGGUCGAGUAUCAAAUUUCACGGUUGGGAGGUUUGGUUAUGGUUGUGUCAAGUUUCUGGGAAAAACUGAUGUUAGGUUGUUGGAAGUUGAUCCCAUUGUAAAGUUGUACAGACAUGAAAUUGUUGUAUAUGGGGAUGAAAGUGUCAAGCCUGCAGUUGGUCUGGGGCUCAACAAGCCUGCUGAAGUAACUCUGAAUUUGAAGAUAAGACCUUUAAACCCAAAUAAAGAGCAGCUCCUAGAUCUUGUGGAGAAAUUGAGAAAGAGCAUGGAGAGGCAAGGAGCUCGCUUUAUUUCGUUUGACCCCAAGAGUGGUGACUGGAGGUUUUCAGUCCAACAUUUUAGUCGUUUUGGAUUGACUGAAGAUGAUGAAGAAGACAUCACAAUGGAUGAUGUUGAGGAAGUUCACGAUCCUUCCAGGAUGAAUAAUGAUGCAGAGAUUCCGGAGGAGACUGGGGAAGCCGAAGAAGAAAUUGAGCCUAUGCUUUAUCAUUCUCUUCCAGCACAUCUUGGCCUUGACCCUAGAAAGAUGAAAGAGAUGAAGAUGUUAAUGUUUCCAUCUGAGGAUGAGGAUGGGGUAGAAGAUUUGAAUGAUCUCUCUUAUCCCAAGUCGUCCAGAAGUAAAGAACACAUGAAGCGUUCGUUGCUGAAUGCCUCGCAGAGGACAAGUCACAGAUCUAGUCCGCCUGCAGUUAGGAAAACUCCAUUGGCUUUGCUCGAGUACAAUCCCGCUGGUGUUGACUCUACUUCUCCUGGAAAUAUAUUGAUGGCCCAACAAAAGAUAGCAUUGCCUUUAAAACCAAUUAGAGGUGAAGGCUUCAAGAUCAACCUGGACCGCCAGACACCUGUAACUGGAAGCCAUUCUCGCAACAUAGUUGACGCUGGUUUAUUCAUGGGCAAAUCAUUCCGUGUCGGAUGGGGCCCAAAUGGUGUUCUUCUUCAUUCUGGUGCUCCUGUAAGUAGUAAGAGCUCUGAAAGAUGGUUAUCGUCUGUCAUAAAUGUCGAGAAAGUUAGCAUUGACAAAGUGGUUAGGGAUGAAAAUGAUAAAACCAGAAAGGAACUUGUUGACUGUGCUUUUGAUGCCCCUUUGAAUCUUCACAAAUCGUUAAGUCAUGAUAUAAAACAAGUUCAUGUAGGGUCAUUUACACUGAAACUUCAGAAGGUGAUCAUUAAUCGGCUGGCUCUUGCUGAAAUUUGUCGGAGUUAUAUAGAUAUAAUUGAGGGACAGCUGGAGGUUCCUGGAUUGUCUUCAUCCUCACGUCUGGUUUUGAUGCACCAAGUCCUGAUCUGGGAAUUGGUGAAAGUUCUUUUCUCUGAAAGGGAAAAUGGUGGGCGACCAAAUCCUUUGGGUGCUGACAAUGAGGAAGACAUGAUGCCAGAUGUUAAAGAAGGGUCUCCAGAAAUUGACGAGGAAGCACUUCCUCUUAUUAGGAGAGCAGAGUUCAGUUGUUGGUUGCAAGAAAGUGUAUGUCAUCGUGUUCAAGAGGAUGUGAGCUCCUUGGACGAAUCAAGUUAUCUAGAACACAUCUUCAUACUCCUUACUGGGAGACAGCUUGAUGCAGCAGUCGAAAUGGCUGUUUCCAGAGGAGAUGUCAGAUUGGCGUGUUUGCUUAGUCAGGCUGGUGGAUCAACUGUUAAUCGUACUGAUGUUGCACGACAACUUGAUAUUUGGAGGACCAAUGGACUAGAUUUCAAUUUUGUCGAGAAGGAGAGGACAAGGAUCUAUGAGUUGCUUUCUGGUAAUAUUCACAAUGCUUUGCAGGGUGUUCAAAUUGACUGGAAACGAUUCUUAGGGUUGCUGAUGUGGUAUUGCCUAUCGCCUGACACACCAUUGCCUGCUAUUUUCAAAAAUUACGAACUCCUCCUUGGUGAAGGUAAAGCUCCAUAUCCUCUUCCAAUUUAUCUAGACGAAGGACCGGUUAAUGAGGAAAUGGAGGCUACAGAAAAGAACUUUGAUCUCACAUACUAUCUCAUGCUUCUUCAUGCCAAUGCGGAGGGUAAAUUUGGCUCUCUGAAGACCAUGUUCAGUACUUCUUCAUCAACAUAUGAUCCGCUAGACUACCAUAUGAUUUGGCAUCAAAGAGCAGUGCUGGAAGCAGUUGGUGUCUUUACUUCUAAUGAUCUUCAAGUGCUUGACAUGGGAAUUGUUUCCCAGUUAUUAUGCACUGGACAAUGUCAUUGGGCGAUCUAUGUGGUGCUUCACAUGCCACAAUGUGAUGAUUAUCCUUAUCUCCAUGCUACUGUAAUUCGGGAAAUUUUGUUUCAGUAUUGUGAAACUUGGAGUUCAAACGAAUCACAAUACCAGUUCAUUCAGAACCUUGAAAUUCCAUCAGAGUGGCUUCAUGAAGCUAUGGCAGUAUAUUUUAAUUACCAAGGGGAUCUAUCAAAGGCUCUUGAGCACUUCCUUGAAUGUGCACACUGGCAGAAGGCUCAUUCUAUUUUUACAUCUUCAGUCGCUCAUACACUGUUUUUGUCUGGCGAGCAUUCAGAAGUUUGGAGGCUUGCUACUCAAAUGGAGGAACAAAAAUCUGAAAUUGAAAACUGGGACUUGGGAGCUGGAAUCUAUAUUUCCUUCUUGCAGCUUAAAAGUUCAUUCCGAGAGGACAACGAUACUAUGAACGAACAGGAUUCUCUUGAGAGCAGGAAUUCUGAAUGCAGAGGCUUCCUUAGUCAGCUUAAUGAAUCUCUAGAGACUUUGGGUGAUAGAUUGCCAACCGAUGCAAGGAUUGCGUACUCAAAGAUGGCUGAGGAAAUAUCUGAGUUGCUGCUAUCAAUAAGUAGUUGGGGAGAAUCACGGGAUGCCCAGUUGAGCUGCUUUGAGACUGUUCUUACAGCUCCCGUCCCUGAAGAUCUUUGCUCGAACCAUCUGCAAGAUGCUGUGUCGCUCUUUACGUGUUAUCUCUCGGAGAUGGCCACUCAACCCAUCUAGGCUCCAAGCUUUGAGAUUCUAGCGUCUUGAUGGCCACGCAAUCCGUCUAGGCUCGAAGCUUUGAGAUUCUAGCGUCUCACCAGGUUUCCUUCGUAUGUGUGCCAGGAGUUGGGACUUCACGAUAUGAUCUUCAUUCCUUGAUUAGCAAGUUUGCAGCUUUUUUCUUGAAUGAGCAAGCUCAUGUUGUCGUAACUCAAAUUAUUAACAUCCAAACCUUGUUUGAUUGUGAAAGAAGAGGAAAUGUUACUUGACAGGAGGCUACGAAAAUAGGAACGAAAUUUUGUGAACAAGAGAAAGCUGAACAUCAAAAUUGGAUUAGAUAUAGCAUACAACAUAUAUUUGGCA